AUGCCCGGAAAAUACCAAAAGCUCGUUUCCAAACGCGUCCUCGUCGUAGGUGGCUCCUCCGGGAUCGGAUACUGUGUUGCAGAAGCCUCCCUCGAAAGUGGUGCAUCCGUUACAAUUUCCUCUUCCUCUCCAGAUCGCGUCGCCAAGGCAGUUGAGAAACUCAAGAAGAGUUAUCCAGAUGGAGAAAUCAACGGGUUUCCAUGCGAUCUCUCUAAACCCAGUCUCGAAGCCGAUGUUGAGAAAUUGUUUGAACAGACGGGGAAAGUCGAUCAUAUAGUUUUCACAGCCGGUGAUGCACUAUCUCUUAUCCCGUUUGACAAAGCGACGCUCGAGGAUAUGCAGAAGGCGGGACAAGUGAGAUUUUUUGGACAAUUGAUGGUGGCGAAAGUUGGGAGUAGGUACCUUAGUGAGGGACCACAGGCUUCGAUAACGUUUACGACGGGGUCGACGGCCGAUAAACCGAUGAAGGGAUGGACUGUUGUUACCAGUUUCGCGGCAGGGUUGCAUGGGAUGGCGAGGGGUUUGGCGGUCGAUUUGGCGCCCGUGAGAGUUAAUGUCGUGAGUCCUGGUCCGGUGAAGACGGAGUUGUGGAAUGGGAUGAUGGGACAGGAGGAGGAGAGAUGA